UUCAUAUCCACCCCACCCCUACUAUGUAUGUGUUUCUCAGAUUAAUUUUCCUUUUAUUCUUUUCUGCCUCGGAAUGGUUCCUUCUUUUUUUUAUGUUAAUUUUUGCCGAUAGGCCGAUUUUUGCUGUUACCGUCUAUUUUUUCAUUUUUAAUAGCUCGCCUUUUAUUUAUCAUAUUUGAGGGCUAAGACUAGUUGGAGGGCGGGAUAUGAACAAAGUACACAGAAAAUAGAGUGAAAUUGACGAAAAGGAAGUCUGAACAUAUGCAACUAAGAAAAGAUAAAUAUUGCCGACAAACGUUUGUUGACUUUGCGAGGGAAUAAUGUAAUAGUAGC